UCCUAUCAACAACUUACCUAAGCUCUUAACACUCUGUUUCGGCUCCUAGUUUCAUUUAUGUUGAUAUAUAUAUUUGAAGAUAUCAAUAUCUCAAACAAUACUUUAAAGUAUCCAAGCUUACACCUAGCUAUAUUAUGGAAGCAAAUUUGCAACUUUUAUUAUAUGCAUCUCUCCCCCUUUUGUUCAUUGUUCUUGCAGCCAGAUCUCAUUUUAAAUCGAAAACAUACCGUUUACCACCAAGCCCGAAACCAAAAUUUCCAUUAUUAGGCCACCUCUACCUCCUCAAAGGCAAGCCCUUGCUCCAUAGAACCUUCCAUGACCUCUCUAAGAAUCUUGGCCCCAUUUUUUCACUCCAUUUUGGAUCACGCCUUGUAGUUGUUGUGUCAUCCCCCUCUGCUGCGGAAGAAUGUUUCACGAAAAAUGACAUAAUUCUAGCAAACCGCCCUCGCCUAAUUAUGGGAAAGCACAUGGGCUACAAUUACACAACUAUGGUCCAGUCCCCAUAUGGUGACCACUGGAGAAAUCUCCGGAAGCUUGCUACACUCGAAAUAUUUUCAACCAAUCGAUUGAAUACGUUUCUGCCUAUUCGUCGUGAUGAAGUCAACCAACUUCUACGAAGAUUGUCAAAAAACUCACAAAAUGAGUUUGCAAGAGUGGAGAUAAAAUCUUACUUGAAGGAGUUGUCAUUUAAUAUCAUAACGAGGAUGAUUGGAGGAGAAAAGUACUUUUGCGAAGAUGUGGAUAAUCAAGCAGAGAUAAGGUAUUCAAGAGAAAUUUUAUUGAAGGUGCUUUCACAAGGAGGAGUUUCACAUGCUGCAGAUUUUGUGCCUCUGUUGAGGUGGAUUGACUAUGAUGGUUAUGAGAAAGGUGUUGAGGCUCUGAGCAAAAAGAAGGACAAGAUUUUGGAAGAUAUCAUCGAUAAGCAUCGUCGUGGUCAGAGUAAAAAUUCCAUGGUGGACCAUUUGCUGUCACUACAGAAAUCAGACCCUGAUUACUACUCUGAUACCAUCAUCAAGGGCCUUAUGACAGUUAUGAUACUUGCCGGAACAGACACAUCAGUAGUUACAAUUGAAUGGGCGAUGUCUCUUUUGCUCAAUAAUCCUUAUGCAUUAAGGAAAGCUAGAGAUGAAAUAGACAGUGUUCUUGGACUUGACCACUUGGUGGAUGAAUCAGAUUUAUCUAAAUUGCCUUAUCUAGAAAAUAUUAUUUCAGAGACUUUCCGUUUAUAUCCUGCAUCACCAUUGUUAGUUCCCCAUGAGUCAUCAGCUGAUUGCAAAAUUGAGGGAUAUGAUGUGCCACGAGGUACCAUCUUAUUGGUCAAUGCAUGGUCCAUUCACAGGGAUGAAAAGGUGUGGGAUGAUCCUUUAAGUUUUAAGCCAGAGAGGUUUGAAAGUGGAAUAUCAGCUGAGCCUUAUAAGUUGAUGCCAUUUGGUAUGGGCAGAAGGUCUUGCCCUGGUUCUGGACUCGCCCAACGUGUCGUUGGCUUGGCUUUAGCCUCGUUAAUACAAUGUUUUGAGUGGAAGAGAAUUAGCGAGGAGGAGGUUGAUUUGGCCGAAGGAAGAGGACUUACUAUGCCUAAACUCGAGCCACUUGAAGCCAUGUGCAGAAGCCGCGAUAUCAUAAACAAAGUUCUGGCUUGAAGCUACAAAGAAGUAGGAGUACUACUCAUGCACCAGAAAGUUCCUAGCAGUGCCCCUCAGCCUUCACGUUACCCCCACAUUAUGUAGUAACUUAAAAAAAAGCCAAUAAGUACUGGUUUAAUAUCACUUUUCUUACUCUUUAGCACUAUUUUAUAUCUUUUUUCAUAAUUUUCAUGCCCAACCUAUUGUAAAGAAUUUGGUAAAAUUGAAAGAGCAUUAUUUA